UGAGAGAGAGAGAGGGAGAGAGAGAGAAUGUUUUGGCGUCGUGAACGUGCAGGACGGUGCUGUGCGUGCUGAAGUCAGUGCGCGCCCCCGCGUUCUCUCAGGUGAAUGCGUUCAGCAGCGUGAGUGUGUGUGUGAGUGUGUGGUCGAGAGUUAUGCGAGAGUGUGUGAGAGUGUGUGAGGCAGUGUGAGGGGAAAAUGCUGCUUCUCAGUCUGCAGGUUUUCUGCGCCGCGGCGGUGUGUGUGCUGUGUUCCGGUCAGCGGGUAUUUUUCGAAUGUGGAGCGAAGUUGGAUGUUGUGGAUGUACAGGGUCUCAUUCUGUCUCCUGGUUUUCCUAAUAAUUAUGCGUCCGGCACGCACUGCGUCUGGCAGUUUUUUGUCCCCGUUGGUCAUCAGUUGACGAUGGAAAUGUUUGAUUUUGACGUUUUUGAGAGUACAGAGAGGAACUUGACCACAUCGGCAGAUAUGAUCACGAGUGAAGAGGUCGAAGAACAUCUAAUUACUAAAGGAGUAACCAGGAGUCAACCUGUGUUAAAGGAACAGUCCAUGGAAAUGACAGAAAUCGGAGACAAAAUGGAGUCUGAAGUGUCGAAUAUGGCAAAGCGGGUUUCUGAGCGACUUUCCGAACCUCAGUUAUCAGAUAGAGCAAAAGAAAAAGCACAAAACGCCAGGUUUCCUUCAUCUUUAGAGGAGAAAAUGGACCACCUGCUUCCUUCCAGCACCCCGACAACCAUCAUCGAGGACGAAUCUGAGACCCUGCAGCUGGUGAUGGACGUGUGUCCUAAUGACGUCCUGUAUAUCACCGAUCUGAUCACGUUUUCUUCACGGUUUUGUGGCUCCAAGCGUCCGUCUGACGAUCAGCUGGUGUUCGGAUCCGACGUUGAAAUGGUUGAAGUGAUAAUGGAGCUCAUCACAAACACGCACCGGGGUCGUGGAUUUGCUCUGAUAUUCCGUUAUCACAAUCAAACGACCGAAGCAGCCGUCGAGGUCGGGGGUCAGAGGUCGUCAGCGCCCUCUGUUGGUGCAGUAGAAGCGCUGCUUGCUGCUGUUAGCCUCGCUGCUUUAUUCACUACGAGUCUUAUGAUCGUUCUGUGUGUGACUCUGAGACCAAAAUUGUGUGUGAAAGAAUCCAACAUGACCUCAUCCAUCACCUCCGAGGUUCCAGUUCAGAACUUGCACACUGAUUCCAGUGAACUUCAGUUGGUUACUGCAAAUCACCCCGAACAAGAACUCAACAAAAACGACAACAACCCCACCUUACCUCACACAGGUAACAUCCCAGAAUGCCAAAUUUCCCAGAAUGCAGAGCUGGGGUGUACUAAUGGCCUUAUGGAGAUGGAAUUGGGGACAGAUGAAGUGUUCGUGAUCUCAAACACAGACACACCAUCGUUUUCUCCUUGCACGCACCGUGAACGUUUUCUGCGACGCAGUGACACGGGAACUGUGCAGCCAUCUGAUUGGAUGCCUCGAAGCGAGCCCUCUAACUGGCCGAGUCGUGGCAGCCAUGUUGGAUCAGAGCGUCCUCGAGCGUGGAGCGUCCGAACCUUCCACGACUUCCUACUUCCUCUUCCUCAAUUAAACAGGAAAUGGUGCAGCUGGAAUUUAACAAGCCCCUUCACCAAACUAGUGGACACUGUUUCUCCAGGUUCUGUGGUGGACGGCGAUGAUGGUGUGAAGGUUCCCUCGGCUCAGCAUCAGCGCCGCUACAUGUCACGAUCACACACGUCUCAGCAGAUCUGCGAGCCCGAUGGCGCCCUCUGUGUCCCGGAGCAAGGAGCGGAGGUUAAAAUCUGCAAAUUCUCUGCUGCUGCUGCUGAUGAUCACGUCACCAUUCCUGUGUUCGCCAUUUCAGAAGAUGAUGAUCGAGAGCCUCUGGUUUCAGCCGAACAUCAAAACCAUGUGAAAAACAACGACGUAGGGAAUCAUGAGUCCCUUCCUUCAUUAGGCUCCACCCACUUGGCUUUUACAGAUGAGGAAUCCGCUGUUUUGAAAUACACGUCCCGUAAGAUCCAGCUUCCUUCGCUGAGUCAUGUGACCGUGCUGUGUGACUCUGUGGGGAAGGACAUGUGAUCGCCUGAAACCGCAUGCUGUCGUACCGUACCGCGUGUUAUCCCUUUUACAGACUAUUUAGCGAGUAGUGCUAGCUAGCCAGGUACAUUUAAAGGUGCAGUAUGGCAAAAACACGUCUAACGUCCAUUUGCAGUGUGCUGCGUAUUUUAUUCCAGAUGUUGUUGAUCAGUUUUCCACUCGAGGCUAAUUUAGCUGGCACGAAAGUCUAUUUCUGAUCCGAUUACGACGCGCCAAACGUAAUUUAUUCAAAUGUCAUAAUCGAUAAUUCAUAGUAGAAUACUGUGUUUACAAAUAUAAACCACUUUAAACUGGAACUUUAUUAUUUUUUUGCAUCACUUCCUGAUUUCAAACAGGAACUUUUAGCGGUUUAGCCUGGGGGUCUGGUCAGGAACGAUGCCGAGCUGUGGUGAGGAAACAAAGUUGAAGUUGUCCAAGAUGGCGGCUCCCAUAACCGUCCAGCGUUUGAGACAUAUGGGAUAUAUUAAGAGCAAAAAAUUGUAUAAGAUAGAUUUCUGUUGCAUUUGCUUCAUAGCUGCAGAGCAAACGAUUCAAAUGAUUCAUUCAUGAAUGAUUCAUUCUGAAUCAUAUUACUGAACGUGCG